UUGUCACCCCGGACGUCAUGGCCAUGGAUGGAUUGACGAUGCAGCAACCCCGCCUCACCAUGCUGACAAUCGCAGGCUCCGACUCCGGCGGCGGAGCGGGCAUACAGGUCCCCCCUCCCUUGACCAAAUGCUGCCGUUGAUUGAGUUUCGAGCUCAGGCCGAUCUCCGAACCUUCGCGGCUCUAGGCCACUUUGGAACCAGUGCAGUGACGGCUCUCACUGCUCAGAACACCCUUGGUGUGCAGGGUAUCCACGGUGUGCCCGCACAGUUUGUGGCACAACAGCUCCAGUCUGUCCUAGACGACAUCGAUGUGCACGCCAUCAAGACAGGCAUGCUUUUCAAUGCAGAGAUAAUCGACGCGGUCGCGCACACAUUGGGCGCGCACUCGGCUCAGCGCGCGUUGCCCCCACUCGUCUGUGAUCCCGUUUGCGUGUCGACCUCAGGCCACAGUCUGCUCGAGCCCCAAGCCGUCGACGUGCUCGUCUCCAAACUGUUCCCUAUGACAGUAGUGCUCACGCCUAACAAGUCGGAGGCGGAGGUCAUCUUAUCCCGCUCGAUCUCGUCGCUUGCAGAUAUCGUAGCGGCUGCCACGGACCUCCUGAAGCUCGGGCCACAAGCGGUGCUACUCAAGGGCGGCCACUUUGCCACGACUACUGCUGACAUCGAGUCGCUCGCUCGCGCACAUCCCGAGAUCUCGAUAGGCUCCCGGUCUGAAAACAUGCGCAUCCUCGCGCGGCCAAGCGGAGACAGUCCGCUUGUUGUUGACGUGCUGUGCGAGAAGGACGGUCGGACUACGGUAUUUGCACGUCCCCGAAUAGACUCUUCCUCGACGCAUGGAACGGGAUGCACACUCAGUGCAGCGCUCGCGUGUUUUCUGGGAUCUGGUGCCACAGUUCAUGAAGCCGUGUCUCGUGCGACUGCGUUCACUCAUCUAGGCAUUGCCACUGCCUCUGCCAUUGGCACUGGAUACGGCCCGCUCAACCACCUGCAUUCGAUACAACGUUUGAUCAUCCCACCCCGCUCAGCUGCAGAUCCGUUUCCAUUGACAAGGAUGUUCAUCUCUGCAAAUCCGAGACACUGGAGCGAUUAUGUCGAGCACUCGUUUGUGCAACAGCUCGGCGCGGGCAGUCUUCCUCGCGCGGCUUUCCUCCACUUCAUCAAGUACGCGACGGAAUGGUUAUUUGGUUCCCCGCUGACAUGACAUGCCCAGACAAGACUAUCAUUAUCUUAAAUACUACGCCCGCGCAUCCAG